CUGACACUCGGCUCAGUGAGGAGGAGAAGGCUGCACUGGUGUUUCAUACCGGGGGGGGCAGUAAUGCGCUGAAUCGUGCCAAGUCUGCCGGAAAGACGAAGAAGAACAAAGUGAUGCUAACAGCUAGCCGUUAGCUCCCUCCGUCAUGGCGGACCUGAACCGACAGCUCCAGGAAUACCUGACUCAGUCCAAGGGCGGCGGAGCGAAGACCAUCUCCCACUCCAGCACCACGGUGGACCUGGAUGACCCGGAGCCGGUCCCCAGCAGCUGGUUCGGGCGGUGGUCCAGCCCGUGGUCCGGCCAGAGCUCCAAUUCAAACAGUGGCAUCUCCUGGCCGUGGUCAGCCGAGCCGGACCCCUGUCUGCCGGGCAUGGGCCGGCGGCAGCGGCUGGUGGGGUUCGGGGUGUGCGCGUCGUUCUCCGCGCUGUGUUUCGGGCUGUCCGCGCUGUACGCGCCGCUGCUGCUGAUCUACGCCCGGAAGUUCGCCCUGCUCUGGUCGCUCGGUUCGCUGUUCGCUAUCGCGGCCGCGGCGGUGCUGCGCGGCCCCAGCAGGCUCGUCGCCGGCCUCCCCACCUCCCCUGCAGCCGCCGUGUACCUGUGCGCCCUCGGAGGAACUCUGUACGCGGCGCUGAGCCUCCACAGCACCGUGCUGACCGCGCUGGGCGCGGCCCUGCAGGUGGCUGUCAUCGUCGGAUACGUGGUAUCGCUUCUGCCCGGAGGCAGCGCCGGGAUCCGCUUCAUGGGGGGCAUGGCGGCCUCCGCCAUCAAAAGGACCGUCACCGGGAAAACCAUUCCCAUCUGACCGGAGACUGAGCGUCAGAUCCGCCCCGGACUAGAAAGGACCAAGUGAUCAGUACAUUCCUCCAGGAAAUAAACAGGCUGCGGAUUAUGGACAAUGGAUGAUUGAUCCUGUCAGCUGGACAAUGGAUCUGAGGUCUUUUCACUUCAUGGUUGUUUCUUAUUAAAAUCUAAUUCAAAACUAA